CCUCCAUAGUCCAUAAUGGCAGAGCACUGCAAGCUUGCUGCUGCCAUGGUAGCUGAAUCUGAGGAAAGGUCAUAUGUGGUAAAGGUAGAUGGAUACUCAAGAGUAAAGGGGCUACUGAAGAACGGGGAGUUCGUCAUUUCUACCCCUUUCAGUGUUGGAGGUCACAACUGGAACGUGGAAUAUUACCCCAACGGUUACCCCGAGGAUUGUUCUGAUUUCAUAUCUCUUUAUCUAUUUCAUGAAUCUGCCGAUGCCGGAGAUGUGAAGGCCAAAUUCACGGUCAGUGUACUUGACAAGAAUGGAGAACCGGUGGCUUCAUGCAACCGUACCUCCGACCCUGUAACCUUCUCAAAGGAGGUUUCAUAUUGUGGUUACGACGACUUCAUCAAGAAGGCUGAUUUGGAGGCAUCAGCGCAUCUGAGAGACGAUUGUUUCACCAUCAGGUUCGAUGUCACCGUCAUAAAGGACAUCCACGGUGAAGAAAAAUCGGUUCCUCCAAGCGACCUGCACCGGCAUUUCGGCGACAUGCUCAAGAACAAGGAUGCAGCAGACCUCACCUUUAAGGUUGGGGGACAGGAAUUCUCUGCUCACAGGUGUGUCCUUGCUGCUCGCUCACCCGUCUUCAAGGCAGAGCUCCUCGGCGCCAUGGAGGAGAGUUCCAGUAGUACUAUCGAAAUUCAUGACAUGGAACCUGAUGUAUUCGAGUCCUUGCUCCAUUUUAUAUACACCGACUCCGCUCCUGUGCUUCAGAUGGCCAGUGAAAAAAGUGAACCAUGUGUAGAUGUGGUGAUGGCCGGCCAUCUACUUGUGGCGGCUGACAGGUACAAUAUUGGGAGGCUGAGGGUGAUACUUGAGGAGAAACUGUGCAGUCACAUUGAUUCCAGCAUGGUGGCAACCAGCUUGGCUUUAGCUGAGCAGCAUGGUUUCCAUCGUCUCAAAGAAGCUUGUUUCCAGUUCCUCUCUUCUCCACCCAAUUUGGAGGCAAUGAUGGCAAGUGAUGGGUAUGAGCACCUGAAAUCCAGCUGUCCAUCUGUUCUCAAGGAGCUGAUAGCUAGAAUCAUCCCAGCUGAAUGGAAAGCGGCAAAGGAUAUUAUCAUGGCAAUUUAG